AUGACAAUUAUGGAGGAUACAGCGAACGCUUACAAUCGACAAAUGACAAUGGAGGCAAUUCUGACCCGUGACCAAAGGACCACUUCGCAUAGAGUUCUCGAUCAUCGUACCUCGCCGAACAGCAUGAUCAACGCCACGGCGUCCAGUAGUAUGACAACGUCGACGAAACGGUACAAAACUGUACUGGAGGCGAAUCCUCGUUACGCAGCGGUCAUUUCACCGAGAAUAGAAAACAGUGAUCAAACACAGAGACACUUGCAAUGUGAUUCGUGCCUCGUACCUGCAUUUUAUGACGAUCGAGGGAUACGAUCGAGACGCAACGCAUCCGUCACCGCGACCACGUGGCUGAGGUUAGGCAGUCUUCUGGUGACCCUGCUCGUGGUCUCGGUGCACAGCGCUCCGACAAUGACCCUCGAGGAUAGACGACUGAGCUCGCCCCCGAAGUGGGUAAAUCCCUGUGGCCUUGCCGCCGAAGACUUUACCGGUGAUUUGGACGUGGUGCAGCUAACAGACUUGCAGCUUCUCCAUCAAGUUGUUGUUCAGGCGAAAACGGCACUGAUGCACGCGGAGCUUUUUCGCGACGAUUACGCUAAACAAACAUUCAAUAUUGAUUUCGCUGAUUUACAUUCGACGUUUAAGGACCACCAUUACGAUUGGCUUCCUGGAACAAAAGAAAUUCCCAAACAACUAGGAGAACAGCUGGAACAGGAGUACCUCGACAAAUUAGAGCUUGACACAGCCCUGAUCGAUGCUUACGAAUACAUGCAAAAGUAUGCAGUGGGCCUGGAACAAAUAGUUUGGGACCAAGAAGAUCUCCAACUUAAGUUUCGCAAGCAAUUUAAGGACACCGAGUAUAAGCUGCGAACGGUUCUCUGCGAGCUGCAAGUGGCACUGGUGGAGCGGCAAUUGUCGUCACGACCAGACGUGACACGCGACAUCAUGAAGUCGGAAUUCCGCGCGGUGUCAUCGUCGGAAACGUAUCGGAAUCUCCGCGACUGGUUGAUAUUUCGGGACUACAUGAACGGCCUGGAGUACGUAGUGCAGGUGUUCGAACACUUGCGCCGUGACCUGCAGUCCUGA